UAAACAAGUUCCACAACAAUACAACUUUUUGUAAAUCUCAAUUACUAACAUUUCAAGACAGAGGUUCCAAAUUUUAGUUAUAUUUCUCAAUUUAGUCUCAACUGCAACAUAAUUCUACACCUAAAAAACAUCGUAAACAGGAAAUAUUGGUACCAGUUCAAUGAGAAAACAAAGCAUGUAUUCCCCAAAGCAAGACGUUUAUGAACCACCGAGGUUUCAGCCGUGUCUUCACCGAUUUUUCCGAACUGAGUUGGUACAGCGAGAGUGCUUAACUCCUGAACAGUAUGUGGACAUGCUGUCUACUCCAAAGGCACACCCGUGGCUAGAAGCCGUUCAGGAAUACAAUGAAAAACACAGUAAAAAGUCAAAGAAAAAGAAAUACAAGAGAGGUGAAGAAGAGGUGCCAAGCCAAGAAUUACGCUGUAUUGAUUUCAGCUUUGCUGAAGAGUUUAUAAACGACAUGUGGAACGUCAUGUCACCAGAAGUUGCUGAUAGAUUGAUAGACCUUCUUGUCAGUGAAUUUGGAAUGACUGUUGAUGAGGCUGAAGAUUUUAUCGACUGCAAAAGCACUGUGGGAAAACCAACACCAUGUGUAAAAAAACAAUCUAAAGCAAUAACUAAUCUCGGUCCAAAACAUAAAUGGGUAAAAAAGUUUUCAGAUGUGUUUGCUAGUAGGAUUGAACAAUACAUUGUCAGUUUGUUGAUGACUAAAAAAACAACAAGAAUAAAAAGGAUUGCCGAACGGGUACUUAAUGAUAUUUGUAAUGUUACUGGGGACACAACAUCGUUGCAAUAUCCUAAAACUAAGCGUGAAAGGACAUUGACUCUUAUUGCUACACGUUUGGCUUUUUGGUUUGAGGAGAUUGUAAAUGACUUGGAUAAACCCAAGGAAGAUAAGCCUUCAGUGAGUGAAGAAGAAGAAGAUGAUGAUGAGAAAGAAAUGCCUGAAGAAGAAAAGGAGAGUGAGGAAGAAUCGGCUAAGGAAGAUGAGAAAGAGUCAAUAGAGGAUGAAACAGAAAUAAAUGAAGCUGAAGAGUCUGUAGAUGAGAAAACUACAUACAGAGAAUCUAAAACUAAAGAGGAUUCUAAAACAGAAAAAGACAAACUACCAGUAGCAGAAGAAGAUACAAAGAUUAAAGAUGAAGAACUACCACAAGAAGAGGAUCAGACUAUUGGAAAAGUCCCUGAUGAAGAAAAUCCAGCUGAAGAAAAGCCAGCUGAAAAUAAGCCAGUUGAAGAUAAGCCAGCUGAAGAUAAGCCAGUUGAAGAUAAGCCAGCUGGAGAUAAGCCAGUUGAAGAUAAGCCAGCUGAAGAUAAGCCAGUUGAAGAUAAUCCAACUGAAGACAAGCCAGCUGAAGAUAAGCCAGUUGAAGAUAAACCAAUUAAAGAUAAGCCAAUUGAAGAUAAGCCAGCUGAAGAUAAGCCAGCUGGACAUUAUCCAGUUGAAGAUAAGCCAGCUGAAGACAAAAGUGAAGAAAUGGCUAAGCCUCAAGAAAAUGAAAACCCUCCAGAAGAGAAAGAACAGCCUAAAGAGGAGGAACAAGCUAAAGAAGAAGUUACUGAAGAAAUCCCAGUCAAAGAGGAAGAAGGUAAAGUAGAAAAAUCUGAAACCGUUUUUGAGGAACAAAUGCCCCCGGAAGAAGUAGUUACACCUCAAGAAGAUAAACCAGCAAUUAAAGAGGCUGAACAAAGUGAAGUGGUUGAAUCAGUAGCAGAGGAAACAGUUCCACCUGAAAUAGAACCAGUAAAGGAAGAAGCUGAAGACAAGACAUCAGUUAAAGAAGUGGAAGACGUGAAGGCAUCUGAGGAUAAAGUGGUUCCAAAAGAAAAGAGUGACGAAAAGCUUCCAGAAGAAAAACAUGUUCCGCAGGAGGAGCCGGAAAGAAAAUCACUUUCUGAAAAACAAUCAGAAAAAUCACUUCCAAUUCCCGAACCUACAAAGUCGCCCAUCUCAACAGUUCAUAAACCUGCUUUGCCUGCAUUUGAAGCUACGCUAAAGACUGGAAGCACGUUGCAUAUUCAAAAAUUAAGCUCUGGCACAGUAGUGAAGCAAACCGCUGAGGCUAGAGGAGUUGACGUCCCUCCUCCUCGCAGAGUCCCAGAAUCAGGAAGUCCACUCAAUUUGAAAUCAACAGAAGAAUGGGUGGAUUGGGCAAACAGCAUCGCUAGUGUUGGUGAGGAGUGGGGAAAAUGGCUGGACAGCAGGCUUACUGAAGGUGAAAAACAACUAGUUGAUAAACGCAAACAUUCAGAUUGGAAAGCGUGGCUCGAUCAAACACGAACUGAAGCCUUAAAGUGGAGAGUUGAGGAAGAGAGAAUCAAGGAUGAAGGUAAAAGGUGGGAUAGAAAACUUGACCAGCAAACAAGUCGGACAAAAGGACAGAAAUUUAAACAAAAUAUCAAAAACAUGACAGUGACUUUUUCUAAAACCAAUGUUCUUAAUGAAGAAAGUUUGAAAAAAGACAAGAAGAAAACUAAACCGCAAACAACAAUGAAAAACACAGCUGAUCGCUUGGAAAAAAACAAAAAGAACACGACAAAGGAUAGUAAAAAUCCUGGCAGUGAGAUGGAAACAAACAAAGCCCGUGGAAAAGCAAAAGUAAAAAAAAUCACAAAGAAAAUGAAAAAGAAAGCAGAAAUCAGAAAGAAAAAGCUUGCAGCUCAACUUUUUGUCACUGAUACUUAUGAUCCGUGUGUCCACAAACAUUUUAAACCAGAAUCCAUUGAACGGGAGUUUUUAACUCACCAACAGUACUUGGAAAUGCUGGCUACACCAAGAGGCUACCGAUGGGCAGGUGAAGUGGACCGCGACAACCCUGAGUUAGCGAUCAAUAAACUAAAGAAAAGGAGAGCAAAGCGAAAACGAGAUAACUUUGUACAAUCCCAGGCUGGAGAUGGCGAAGAAAAAGAAACCUUUUGUGAUAUUGUGACUCCAGAAACUACAGGAAUAUUGAUCAAUUUCCUGGUGAAUGAAUUUGGAAUGUCAUUUGAAGAAGCUCAAGACUUCAUUGAUAGUGUCCAACAAACUUUUAAUAUUAAACAACCUUCAUCACAAUUGAAAAAAACAAAGCAAAAUAUGGUGAAAUAUAAAUGGACAAAAGAGUACUGUGAAAUGUUUUCAAAUCUAUUAGAAAAGUACCUAGAAGCAAUGCUGACCAAAAGAAGGACACCAAGAAUAAAAAAAAUUACAGAAGUUAUAGUAGACCGUGUUUGUGACCUAACAAAGGAAAAAAUCAAAGUGGAAAGGCCCAAGAAAAAAAGUCAUAAAAUAAUUGUACAUAUUGCAGACCGUUUAGCAUUAUGGAUAGAUGAUGUUUACAAAACUGAGUGGAAGAGAAAAACUCCAGAAGAAGACAUACAUGAGAGCGAGCUUGAGGAAGAAGAAGAGACAAAGGAACCUAUUGAAGAAAAAGAACCAGAAAAGAAAAAGGAAAAGGAACCAGAGAAAAAAGAGGAAAAGCAACCAGAAAAGAAGGAGGAAAAGAAACCGGAAAAGAGAGAGGAAAAGAAACCGGAAAAGAAAGAGGAAAAGAAACCGGAAAAGAAACCAGAUAAGAAAGAAGAAAAGGAACCAGAAAAGAAAAAAGAAAAGGAACCGGAAAAGAAAGAAGAAAAUGAACCGGAAAAGAAAGAAGAAAAAGAACCAGAAAAGAAAGAAGGAAAGGAACCGGAAAAGAAAGAAGAAAAGGAACCAGAAAAGAAAGAAGAAAAAGAACCGGAAAAGAAAGAAGAAAAGGAACCGGAAAAGAAAGAAGAAAAGGAACCGGAAACGAAAGAAGAAAAGGAACCGGAAAAGAAAGAAGAAAAUGAACCAGAAAAGAAAGAGGAAAAGGAACCGGAAAAGAAAGAAGAAAAUGAACCGGAAAAGAAAGAGGAAAAGGAACCAGAAACGAAAGAGGAAAAGGAACCGGAAAAGAAAGAGGAAAAGGAACCGGAAAAGAAAGAAGAAAAGGAACCUGAAAAGGAAGAAGAAAAGGAACCAGAAAAGAAAGAAGAAACGGAUCCGGAAAAGAAAGAAGAAACGGAACCAGAAAAGAAAGAAGAAAAGGAACCAGAAAGGAUUGAUGAAAAUGAACCGGAAAAGGAGGAAGAUAAAGAUCCAGAAAAUAAAGAUGAAAUAGAGAAGCCUGAAGAACUGAAAGAAACACUAGAAGAAGAAGAAGAAGAAGAAGAAGAAGAAGACGGAAAGUUAAGUCAGGAACCAGUUGAGACAAAAGGAGAGGAGGAUGUGGAAAAGAAAGAGGACAAGAAAGUAUUAAUUGAAGAACAGGCAACCAAUGUAGAUGAACAACUACCAAAGCAUGAUAAGAAAAGUCUUAUUGAACAAGAGAUAAUACUAGAGGAAAAACAUGUUGAGGACAAAAGUCCAGAAGAGAUCAAACAAAAAACCUUAGAUGAAAAGCAAAUCCAUGAAGUAUUACCUCCAAGGAAGAGCCCUGGGUUUGCUUUUGAAGUUAAGCCUAAAACAGAAAGCAAAUUACAAGUACAAAAGUUAAGUUCAAGCACAGUUGCUGGGGUCACAGCGAAAGUGAGAGGAGUGGAAGCACCUCCUAGGAGGCGCAAAGUACCAGAUACAGAGAGUCCUUUGAAUCUGAAAUCUGCAGAGGACUGGGCUGAUUGGGCAGAAAAUAUUGCAAACACAGCUAAGGAGUGGGGAAAUUGGCUGGAAAGCAGGUUAACUGAGGCUGAAAAACAGAUAUCAGAUCUGCGCAGAAGUAAAACUCACUGGCAGGCAUGGAGGGAUGAGGGGCACACAGAGGCUUUGAAAUGGAGAGUAGAAGAAAGUAGAAUGAAAGAAGAAGGCAAAAUAUGGAACAAAAAGAUUGAUGAACAGCUUAAGAAUAAAUCUGAAACAGAAAUAAGGACCACAGAAUAUCAUAAUUAACACACUUAUUGUUUUGUAUAUUGAUUAUUACGCAGGUGUACAAUUGUAAUAUUUAAAAAUAAAAAAUGUAUGCUUAUAAUUACCUAAUAGUUUUGGA